GGGUAUCCUGUAAGCAUCUAAAAAUGACUCAAGAUGGCUGCCUUCGGUUAUGUUUAGAGUUUUAUGACUACAUUUUCUGAAGCAAGUAUUAAUUGGAUGUUGACAAAAUGUCAGCCACACUACGGCCUUACUUAACAGCAGUCCGCCACACACUAACAGCAGCCAUGUGUCUCACCAACUUCUCAUCCCAAGUCGUAGAGAGACACAACAAGCCAGAAGUGGAAGUCAGGACUAGCAAAGAAUUACUACUUACACCAGUUGUUAUUAGUCGCAAUGAGAAAGAAAAGGUUUUGAUAGAGCCUUCUAUCAACUCGGUCAGAAUCAGUAUUUCUGUGAAGCAGUCUGAUGAAAUUGAGAAAAUCCUCUGUCAUAAAUUCAUGCGGUUUAUGAUGAUGCGAGCGGAAAACUAUGUUGUGUUGAGGCGCAAACCGGUUGAGGGUUAUGAUAUCAGUUUCUUAAUUACAAAUUUUCACACAGAACAAAUGUUCAAGCACAAAUUAGUGGACUUCAUUAUUUAUUUCAUGGAAGAAAUUGACAAAGAAAUCAGUGAGAUGAAGCUGGUAGCGAAUGCCCGUGCCAGAAUUUGUGCAGAGGAAUUCCUGAAAAGGUUCUAAGAAUGAGGCAGAAAUUCAACCCAUCAUUCCACUGUGCUUGGUACCGCGUCCCAUUUAUUGAGACGUAAAAAUUCUGCGUGUGUAUUUUGUUGCAAAAAAAAACAACAAACAACAAACAACCACACAACAAUAACUUAAUUAUGUUUGUAAAUAUUUAUACCAUUACAGCUGAUUGCAGUUGGUUAUUGUAUUAAGUAUCUAAAUGUAACUAUCACAUAUUAACAGUUUGCUUUGAAAUAUUAUGCUGAAAUCUAAUUAUGGUGUUGUGUGGACACCAACCUGUUUGAUGCUGUUCUUAAAAACACUUUGUAAAGUUGAUGCAAGAAAAGUCUUCUUUUGAUUCUUAAUAAGCCACAAAGUAAAAUGCCAAAAAUAAUGAUACUUUUAUAAUAUUUUUGUGCAACAUGUUUUUGAAUGUCCUGAUGUGGCACUGGAGACUGUCUCCCUUAGGUCCGUGUUUGAAGUAAUUGAAUAUGUAUUUGUUACUUGAGUGAACAUUCAGUUGUCCGUUUCACGUGACUCCACUAAUUUUUGACUGACAUUGGGCCCAACCGAACAGUAUGUAAACAUGUAAAUCCUGUCAUUUGAGAAGUAUUGUAUCAUGCGAUAGUUAUUGUUGGAUCGAUGUUGUUAGUUUGGCUGUCAGUAAGAAAAUAAUAGUCACUGGAAUCAUAACUUAAAUCAUAAUGUGGACUUAUGUAUCUAAAUGUAAUACAAACAGAUUGAAUACACAGAACAUAUGGCACAUGUUAUAAAAAUGUUGAAAUUGAAUAUUUCUUAGUAUUUAAUAUUAAUUACUGCAAUAAUAAACUAUAGUAUGGAUGAAACUGUUCAAUAUAUAAAAUAUUAAAAAUAGUUUUCAUACAUUUUUUAUUUACCUGAAUUCAUGGUUUUUGUUUUUUUCUUUAACUUCCUGAGACCCCGAAUUAUUUUUUUUACUUCAAAACUAAUUGAUUAGUACCUAUGCUAUAAUUAAUUAAUGAUACAUAUAGAACAUGUAAAUGGUUUUAUACCCUAGGUAUUCAGUACCUUAGGACUUAAAUACUAUAGAAAAUUCUGUGUUUACUAAAAUAAAUUAAUGGGUGUAUAUAGGCAUAUCAGUUUAAUUAGUUAUACACAAUUCACUGGAUUCGUAAACAUACGGCCCAUUGUGUAAUAAAUGUGUACACAACAUUUUGGUAUAAAUAAACACUCGGGACAUCAAAUUUUCAACUUUUUUACAAAAACAAAAAUGCAUCAUUUUUUUUUUAAUUGCAGAAUCAUUGUUUUAAACUAUGGUAAUCACAAUUAAUAACGUUAAUAAAAGGAUACCUAAAUAAGGUCAAAUAAAGUCAAAACUCAAAUUUUUUUCUUGUACUCAAUUGAGUACCAGAGGUCUGAAACACAUUGUGCUUAGCUCGGAGUCUUUAGGUAAAAUACGAUACCAAACAUAAGAGUGUUAUUUCACUAGUCACUAUAUUCAAAGAACAAGUACUAUUCUCCAGUAAUUACUUCUCCAUGAAAUGUAGAGAAACAGUUUUUGCCUUUAUGUAAACACAGGUACACCUCACAUCUCAUACACUGCACUCUAGUUUUCCCUUUGCAACCUUCUCUGCGACAUUUGUUUGGAUUUUUCAAGUCGACAAAUUGUGGCAUGUGCUGUCCACUUAGUCUGAAGUGAAGCGGAGGUAACUUACAUCUCUUCUUGUUGGCUGGUUUUUCAUACUCAGGAGCCUCUUCAUCUACCACAUCACCAUCAGCUGUUGAGUUCUGCUAAUUUCAUGCGAAAUUGCAAAAAUUUCAUGAUUUCUUGAGACUGUUUCUUUUGAAAAUAACAAUCAGACCGAUAUUGUAACCAAGCAUUUGUAACAGAUAAAUCAAAGAAAUGAAGAAGAACACGCAUAGUCCACUUAUUUGUUCGAGCCUUCAUUCUGUAGAAUGAAAUCAUUCUAUCGCUUAGGUAAACUCCCCCCAUGAAUUUACUAUAUGAUUUUAUCACUUGUGAAAUCACAGGAAGGAAAUUUAUUUUUCAUCAAAGUGCCUGUACCAUAAUUAUUUUUUGUAUGUAAGUAAAAAAGAAGAUUCUCUGUUGUAAAGUAUCGGUCAAAAUAAACACAUGUACCAGGAGGAACAGUCUCGCACAGUUUCACUACAGUAGACUCUGCAACAGUAAAUCUACCACUGCUGUCUUCAGUGAGCAGGGUGUAUUUACCUUGGUAAACAACAAAAUCAAGAACCAUUCCUUCUGGCGCAGCAAGCACAAAGUUCUUUAGACCAACUGGAUUGGGUUUUCCCACAACAUAUUGCUUCAUUGAAGUAUUACCUGUAAAUGGAAUCAUUUGCUCGUCUUUUGACAAAUGAGAAGAUCUCUGCAACAUCAAACAUCCUCUUCGCACAUCAUUUAGAAAGGGUCUAACCUUCCAAAGCUUGUCCAUUUCUUUGGAAUAAUCUGGGAUAUCUGUGUCUACUAAAACUUUCAAAAUGGAUCGCACUGCAAAAUAUUUGUCUCUGGUGAAAUUGUCAACAAUAAUGGGCACUUGUGUGUCUAAAGCCCAAUACAUUCUAAUCCAAGGAAACCCAAGAUUCGACAUAAGAAGAGUAGUUCCAAAAAACCUUAUAAUAUCUUGAGCUUUCAAAUUCAAACUUUUCUCUUUAGAUAUAACAGAUCUUAUGUUAGUACACCUUGCAAUGUAAGAAUACAUUGUCUCGUAUAUGUACUGCUGUAAAUACUGUCCAGGUGUCCAGUUGCCCCUUGGCCCUAAUUGCGAAGGAUAACUACAAUUUCUUAUGUCAAAAAUAGGGACAAAAUCAUCAUCAUUUUUUUCCAUUUGUGAACGCUUAACUGUCUACGAACAUUUCUUUGAGGAUUGGCACCAGAAGUUUGUUGCACAUUUACACUGUGUGAUUCUGCAGAUGAGCGUUGUUCACUUGCUUCCGAAACACUUACAGAGAGGGUAGACACUGAACUACAUGAUAGUAAACUGUUUCUGAGAAUUGGAGAUGUAGUAUCUAUUGUAACUUCCUCAUCUUCUGAAGUAGAAGAAUCCUUAUCUGUCUGACAUCGCUUCCACACACUAUUUUCAGGUGCGUUUUCAUCUUCAGAAUCUUCAAAUUCUGACAAUUUACCAUCUUCAAUUAUUUGUAAUAUUUCGUCUGCUGUCCAAUUGUUUUCCCCUGCAAACAACAUACCACUAAAGUCAUGUAAACUGAAGAAGUGCCAAAAUAUAUUUUAUUAUUUUUUAUUUAUUUAAAAUGGGCUUGUAAAAAUUAUCAAAACAAAACACAAUUAUAGUCUAGUAUAUUUUACAUUGUACUACCUAUUUUGAAACUAACUAAAAAUAAAAGAAGUUUGUAAGAACAUGCAAAAAUAAACUAUUAGUACUCAAUUGAGUACUAAAUAAUAAAUGAAUACACAGGCCUAUAGUACUCAAUUGAGUAUUAUGAUAUUUUGAGGUUAUGUUUUAUUCACAAACUGCACAGACCGAACAUACUCAAUUGAGUACAGAGAUAAGUAAAUUGACCAGAUGGAACAUAAACACAUCGUUUAGGUGAGGGGUUUAAAGUCCGGAGGGGAAAGGUGAGGGGGAAGGUCUGCCAUAUUGCUUAGUGAAUAACCAUGGAGUGGAAGUCUGGAAUCAAAUAUGAAGCUCCAAGAGACGAUGUUGAAAGACAAGAAUAGAGCUAGUGGUAGCAAAAACGUGAAUGUUUACAUUGUUUUGAAUGGCACCAUUUUAAUUUUUCGCUGAAUACACGUGAUGGUGAAAGCUUGUGCAACUUUUGGUUGCACUAAUAGAUUCGGCAGUUGUGGUGGAUUAACUUUCCACAGGUAAGAAACUGUUAUUUUCUUUUUGUAAAUGUAUAAUGUGCGUUCAUACAGCGAGAGCUAAAUUUGGCUUUUCAAUUUUCCUAACCUAAUUUGAAGUGCUGGUGGACGACGUAAAUAGUAUUGUAAAUAGUAAAUGUAUAUGUAAGAUAUUAUAUUCAUGAAUGUAAAUUUAAUGUGCUUUGAACGGCCGUUACCUACUUCAAAUAUGGCGAGUAAAUGGAGCACACACGUACAAUGCAAGGCAGAUGCACCUAAACUUAAUAUUUUAAAUAAAUUUUAUUCUGUUGACUACAAGCUUGUUAUUGUUUUGUCUACCAAUUGAUAAUGUAGUAAAAGUUCCAUAAUCAAGUAUCCAAGUUAAUAUCUUGGUCCUGAUGGCAUGAUCCUGUAAUAUCUAACUGCAAUAUCUCGGAAACCAGUAGAAAUUUAGAAACCCCGUUUUCAGGGUAAGUAGAGGAACAUCAUUAGUGUUUAAAAAAUGUAUUAUCAGAAUUUUAUUAUUUUAUUUACGGAAAAGCCACGACCCAACAAUUUACCCUUUGUUUAUUGUCACUUGUCAAGUGUUUAUAUAUAAUCAAAUAGGUAACUUAUAUUGUGAAAUAUAACUUUGCUGACGAGUCCUAUACUACUUGUACCAUAUUUGUGUAAAAGUGUAGUCUCCUGGAAAACAAAGAAUUGAAUUGAAUUCAGUGGCUUCAUAAAUUAAACAUUUGGACUAGGUAAGUUGAUUAGCAAAAAAAUGUGUGCAUGAAGAAUGUUAAUUAUGCAUAAAAUCACGUUAGCCUACCCUAGGCACUUUCAACUGUUGAUUUAAAUUAAAUUUUAAGGAAUAUUAAAAAAGCCUGUUUUUUUAUUCACAAUGCACGAAUCUUGAGAAGUAUCUACAUGUAAACAGCAACACACACUGUGACUAGCUCUACACUUUCGCAACCUUUGUACAAUUUUCUCAUUAACUGUUUUUUAAAAAAUAUUUUAUUCGACUACAGUUUGCAGCAUAGCAUUUUGUGUAAUCCAAAAACUUGUUUGAAUUGAACAUUCUUUAAUUGUAAUCUAAAGUAUAGUGUCAAUUUCAUAACACUUUGCAUCAGUCGUCGCAGUACACAGGGAGUCUACCAGAUGUAGUAAAUUAAAUUCUCUGGUUUUUCCAGGUUUUCUUUAACACAAUUACAACAUUCCAAGAAACUGAAAAAACUGUAUAAUAUUACAUUGACGGGUUUCAAAGUAUUUCAACUUACUUAAAUUAGUAAAAAAAAUACCUUCUUCCAGAUGUGGCCAAAGUGACUCAAUUGAUGGCAAAUAAAACAUGCUGCUACAAAUAUUUCACACACUUCCUUUUGCAAAAAUCAUUAGUAAAAGGAAGCUCCCAUCAAUUUCUCAGUGACUCAACUUUUGCGUCUAUUGCACUUCAGAACGAGCCAAAUCCAAUAUUCGAGCCUUCUUCAACUGCAAUGCCUUGAUCUCCUCUUCAACUCUUCUUUUUUCUGCCUUCUUCUUGUCUGUAGCUUCCUUUUCUUUUUGUUUUCUUUGCAGGGCUUCCUUACGCCUACAACUAGCAUUUCUUACAUACUGUUACAUGGACUUGGUGAUAUCAACAUACUCUACACCUCCAGAACGUUGAACAAAGUCAUACAUCUGUCUUUGUGCGAUCAGUAUUUCUUCCUGCAAGUUUUCAGUCAGCAGAUUAGAAUUCACGAGAAAAAGACGAGAACAGUGCUGCAGAAUCUUGCGAGGAACAUACCAACUGAUAUGAUCACUCAAUGUUAUCAGCUUCUUGUCCUAAUAGCCACCUGAUUUGAAGACAACAUUCUAAACUGUACUUCACACGUUGUUUCCUCACACCCGAAUUUAAAGCCACAGACGGACAUAAGCAGGAAAUUCCCUUGGUAAGAUUGUACUUCAGGGGACUUUUGUCUUGAAUUUUUUUUACCAUAACCUUUAGAAAAGUCCUAUCAUUUUUCUGUAACAGGACAGACUUUUCUGGUACUUUCUCUUUCUUGAUGGCAUGGCGUACUGCAUAACCCAACUUGAUAUUUUUAGCAGUUAAUAGAGUUUCCUGGUUAUCUACAUCCAAUCGAGAUACAUUGCAUUUCUCCCUAAAGCUCUUCAGUACCUCUGGUUUCAAAAACUUUCCUGCCAAAGCUAAUAAAAUGUCUACCAGUGAAUUAUAGAGAAAAGGUGCCACGGGUGCUUCACUUUGGAACAUUGUGAGAAACAAUUCCAGCUCUGAUGCCAAAAAGUGGAAGAAUGUCAAUUUUACUUCUAGAAGAUUAUCUUCAAGAGCACUUUUCACUACACUGAAAGAGAGAGAUGAAAUAGAAACUUCACUAACAAAUUUCUUUAGGUGGGGUAACGUUUUCAUGGCACGCUCAGCAACUACAGUAUUUUCUAACCAUCUGAUUGCACAAAAUUUCUUGGGAAAAAGCUCUGAUCCAGUUAUUCUAAUGUAAUCUGCCCUCCUUGCAGGUACGUGCUUAAACAAAUAGUAACUGUGCCUCAAAAAACUAACAACGUCCCAUUGUGUAGCAGAAAUUCCAGUUUUGAAAGCACCAUGGACCAUAUAAAGCCCACAGCUACCAAUUUGUAGCAACGAUGGCGAAUCUUCACCAAAAGUGUCUGUGAUAUGUAUUUUCAAAGCUAAUAAAAAUGUCCAGUUUACGUUGAGGGCAUCCAUAGAUACUUAAAAUUAAAUGCACCUGUCUGUAUAAUCUGAACGUGGGAAGCACAUGCUGCAGCACGUCAUGUCAGCAGGAUAACAGAUCAGCUUGAACCAGUGAUUUUUUGCCACUUCCGAAUCCGAUGAUAAAUAAAAGAACGAAUCCGAUGAUAAAUAAAAGAAAAUGGACGUGGGAACUGUUCGUUAUUUGCCAUUCAAAAAUAAAAAUGGGAGGGGAUUCACAUGAUGCUACGUCAAUGCAAGCGGAUCAAUAAACAAAAAACAUAUUGCCAACUACAACCUACCAAACAAAAAUUCCCUGAUUAUUCCCUGAUUACAAUAUUCCCUGAUAUUUCCAGGUUUUCCAAGUUUUCCAGGGUCGGUAGACUUCCUGAGUACAUCAAUAAUAAUAUUCACAGUAAAAAACAAUAUCAAGACAAUGUUAAAAACCAAGUAUUAUAGUUGCUCAUUGUAUUAAACAAACAUGCAGAACCGUAAAUACUUGAAUGUGGUAUUGGCAGUUCGUACACUCAUAGUCUGUAAUUAAAUUGUUCCUAAUUAAGCACUUAUAAUACAGUUUAAAUGUGAAAGCUAUGCUAGCCCUCCUGCAUGGUUCUUUAUUACUAAUAAUAUAAAAAGAAUAGUUUCAAAUUUAAAUUUUUUGCACACACAUUUCCUAAAGCGUCAUACAAAUUACAUUGCUCUUGGCUAUUCUUUUGCCACCCGCGAUAUGGCGGUACAUGUAAACAAACGUUGUGCGCAUGCACAGUCCGAAGAUUUUAUUUCGGAUACAGGCUUCAUUGAUUACCCUUGAAAAGUACACCUGCUUCCACUCCAUAGACUAUUACCUCCAUGUGAAUAACAUAGUUGAUUUUGCCUUUUGAUUACAUUGCGAGUAGUUGAAAGUUUAUUAAUUUAUGUAUCGUUAAUUUGGUUUUUGAGUGUUGUAGGUGAAUCUGUUGUAAGUUCUCAAAAGUUUGGUUGUUUUAGAAGUAGAAUGUGUGAUUUUGAACCAGUGUGACAGUCUAUAAAGCAUGAUAUAUUAGUAUAUUAUGGCAUCGUGUGUUGCGUAUGGUUGUGUAAAAAGAAGUUCUAGGAAAACUGAGAGCCAGUUACUGAAGGAAAAGCAUAAGAAGAUAACCUUUCACAGGUAAAAUGUGUUUGAUUAUUUUAGUGAAUUACUAUUUUUAUCGGCUCUAUUAGUUGCUAUCUAUAUGAUAGUUAAGAUGCAAUAGACAAUGUCGCAAUUCUGUAGGACCAAAUGUAAUCAGAUGGUAUUGAAAAGGCAGUGUUACGCAUUAAAUGUUAAUAACUGUUGGAUGGAUUAAUUGUUAAAGAACGAGAUAUUAGUGUGGACGAUGGCUAUUCUGAAUUGUUGGCUGGGGAGGAGGAUUCAAGGUUGAAGGCAUAGUUUGAAUUUAUGGAUACAUAAACAAAUAGAAAGCAUUCAGUUACCUUUCUUUGUUUAAACUACAACUGGGUUAGGUAGGUAAUGAUGGAACUGAUUGUUGAUGUUGAAGGGGUAAUUAUCACGACUAGUCCCUCUUCCUUUUAAAAUAAAAUUAAAAAAUUUAAAAAAAAUCGGCAAUACUUUUAUUUUCUGCGACAAAAUUUCCUCUAUUUACAAAUUUUGUUGAGACAAGAAAUUCCAACUCGUUUAGGAGAUAUCACUGUUUAUGAAUAAUUAUUAACAUACCUGUACAUUGGUGCGGACGCCGCAAUUUAUUUUUCCCGUGUGUCCGUGUAUGUUUGUUUAGAUCAACUCAUGAUAACUAAUGGUCGAUUAGGUUAGGUUGGCUACAUUAUAAAUACCUAAUUUACAAAAUUGUGGAUGGUUGGUUAUGUUAGGUUAGUAUAGCUACAUUAAAACUACUGUCAAAUAAUUUUAAUGGUUGUUUAGGAAUUUCUAAUUUAAUAUGUAGCUAUCCUGACCUUAUAGACCAUUCACACAAUCUCCCAAUUUUUUUUUAAAGUAGCUAUACUAACCUAAUUUAUGGUCCAAAAUCAUUAUUUUAAUGGUUUUAGAAGUAUAACAACACGUGUGUUUGUUUGUUGUUUAAAACAGCUGUUCAUGUAAACAAUUUCUCAGCUACAUAGGCGCCAUAUUGCUUAGUGAAUGCCAGCUUCAAGAAGGAUCGGUUAUGUUCCAUCUGGUCCAUUUACCAAACGCCCGAUCGUGCAUCUUCGGUUUUUUUUUUUUUGUUCAUUGUAAAUAAAAAUACAACUCAUGAUAACUAAUGGUCAAUUAGGUUAGGUUAGCUACAUUAUAAAUACUUUAAGACAUUGGCUGUAUCCGAAUACAUAGGGAUGCGUCCUUAGCACACACAUCCCUACAUCCCUUAGCAAAUGCAGCCACAAUGUAGAGGACGCAUUUCUAAUGGAUGGAUAGUAUCCGAAUACUUUUACUGCUAGCACCACCUGUUGACUGUCAGUCGUACUAAUGUUCACGCAGCCAUUUUGUGUAGGGAUAUCUACGAAUAUUCAGCAAAACGUAAAUAAUAAAUACCUACCAAUUAAAAAAUAAUGUAACGUGUAUGUUAUACAUGUUAGCGAUCCAAAUAAAAUACAUUUUAUAAAUUGUAAACUUUAAAAAUACUUAUGAGUUUUGAAUUAUCCUUUAAGUUUAAAUUCGUAUUUUGAUUAUAUUUAUUAACGUCUUUGCCUCUGUUUAAGUUAUCACUUUCGCUUAUAAUGUUUUAAACAAAUCUUAUGCUGAAAAUCUGAAGUAAUAUUAUACACAAACAAAAUAAAAGCCGAUUCCGAAGCUAAUGGAUGUAGGGACGCGUUAGUGGAUGCGAGUGUCGCAUCCCUAGAAAUCUCGAAUUAGUGGAUGCGUGAAGGGAUGCAUCGGCAUCCCUUGUGAUGAUUCGGAUUCAACACAAAGAUGGCCGCGUCCACUACGAUGCACUUUUAGUGGAUCCCUUAGCUAAGGGAUCCAUUAGGCCAGUAUUCGGAUGCAGCCAUUGUGGACGGUUGAUUUGGUUAGGAUAGCUACAUUAAAGAUACCGUUACUGUGAAAUCAUGUAAACGGUUUCCUAGUCCUGGAUAGCUACAUAUUAAAAAGUUAUUUGCUAAGCAACCAUAAAAUGAUUUUACAGUAUUUUAAUGUAGCUAUACUUACCUAAUAUAACCAAUCUUCCACAAUAUUUUAAAGUAUUUAUAAUGUAGCUAACCUAUCUUAAUCGACUGCAAAAUUUAAUGCCACACCGGUUUAUACAUGAGAUAGAACGGAAAAAAAAAAAGUGAGCAUGAACUUCGGGUUUGGCUCUCUCGUCUGUGAAAAGGCUUGCCAAUGUGAGUAUUUGGGUCUGUGCAAUAUAGAAUGUACAUCAUAGGCUUCCCACAUACAAAGACCCCCACUGUGACCAACCUAGAGACUUGAAAUAUUUUGAGAACAAAAUUGAAAUAUUGUAGGAAGUAAUUCCAUAGAGAUAUAUGUAAGUAAAUUAAAGAUCAAAAUAAAAGGUACUCAUUUGAGUACCAUGGAACCAUGUGGGUCUCAGGAGGUUAAGUUAUGAUCAUUUUUUAAUUACUUUGUUAAAGAAAAUAUUGAUUUUUCAUUAUUUUGUCUAAUGUGUGUUCCACUUUCUAUUAAAGUUGUGGUGGAAGGAUACGUGGUUGUGCUCUACUUUCCUACAUAACUGUCAAAAUUAUGUGAUGUUACGUGAGACAGACUUUUAAGUGCUACAAACAAUAGUUAUUGGUGCUAGUGAAGAAAUUCAAAUGAUCAAUGGUAAGCUUAUUUUGUAAAGUAUCAGAGUGUAAUUAAUAUCUAAUAAUUAUUUGAGUUUAAGUAUUUUUAAUAUGAAAUACACUUUUUUAUUCUGUUCAUUAUGAUAGGUAGACUUUCUACUUUUGGAGAGAGGUUCGGCCACAAUUUUUACCUUGAGUAUAUGAUGUGUGCUGGUUAAAGAACACUCUUCAUUUUGUUUUUAUAAAUUUGUGUCUGUUGCAUUUAUUAAUAUUUUUAUAGGUUGAAGUAAAGUUUUUGAUGACAUUUAACAUGUUUGAAGUGUUCAGUGCUGAAAUGUAUGUGAUGUUAAGCAUUGAUUAAAAUUAUUCAUUUUUAUGAAAAUUUAUAAUGUCAUAAACAUUGUAUGACAUUAUUACCUGCCAGUUUGUAUGAAAUGGUGCUAAUUUUGUUUGGUAAGUCAGAAAUACUACUACUAUGUAUAAUGUAAAUGUAUAAAUAAUUUUUUUGAUUAUACCAUUAUGUAUUGUGUUCGAUUAGCGUUAAUUUUAUUACAUCAAUUUGAUAAGUGAGUGUUAAAUGUAAACCUUCCAGGUCUGGUGAUAGUUUGGCAAGUCUGUAUUAUCAUAUGUACUUUGAACUGCAAAGUAGUAAUAUUUUUCUCCUCUGAAAUUAAAUUAAACAAGAAUGGAUUUGGUUUUAGAAUAAAACAUGUAAACUGUGUCAAGUACUAAUUAAAGUUACUUCUCUAA